AUUGAAGCGCUGAGGUAUAUUGUGUGGACUGUGGAGUCUGGCCGGAGAAACCUAAUUGGGUUGAAUGGGUCAUAGAUGUUGUACCAAACAGAGAGUAAGGAGAGGUUUAUGGUCUCCGGAAGAAGAUGAGAAGCUCAUCAAACACAUCACCACUCAUGGCCAUGGAAGCUGGACUUGUGUUCCAAAACUAGCUGGGCUGCAGAGGUGUGGGAAGAGCUGUAGAUUGAGAUGGAUAAACUACUUGAGACCAGACCUGAAGAAGGGUUCCUUUUCUGAAGAAGAAGAGCAGAUCAUCAUUGAUGUUCAUCGAAUUCUUGGCAAUAGGUGGGCUGUGAUAGCAAAGCAUUUGCCAGGAAGGACAGACAAUGAAGUGAAGAAUUUCUGGAACUCAAGCAUCAAGAAGAAGCUCAUCUCACAAGGAAUUGACCCUAAAACUCAUAACCUAAUUUCUUCACAUAAUAGAGACAACUACUCUUACUGUAACAACAAUAAGAAAGUUCAAUCUAAAAGUCAAGAACCCUUUUCAAUCAUCACUGUGAAUCCUCAUAAGAGAAAUACUUCUUCCCACCCACCAAUACUUACACUUCCACCUGUAUCUCCUCCUCCUCCUCAUACUCAGCCUCCAAUAUUCAAUAAGACUAAUUAUGAUCAAAAUUCCCAUGAUUCCUCUAUGAACCCAUCAGUGUUGGAUAAUUUAUUGGUAGAUGAAAUUUGUUUCUUGGGUGGAACUACUAAUACAGUACUUGUUGAACCACCCUUUGAAGAAGCAGAACAAUUACAAAACCAAAACAAGGAGACUAAUAUUUGUGAUGAGGUGGUGGAAGUAGACAAAAUGAUCAAUAUUGAUCACGUUAAGGAUGGUGAUCAAAACAUGUAUAAUAAUGCUACAUUUGACAUCUCUACAAGUAGUUUUGAUCUUGAUAAGUUCAUCGAGUCUACAUUAAUGUCUAGUACUUGUGACUUUAACUUCAAUAUGGAAGACCUUUUGUGGAACUUUUAGCUAUUAUUGAUUAAUCAUCUAGAUUAUGCAUAUUGUAUAAUGGAAUUGGCUUUGAUGCAUGUACUCGGUGUUUGCACAA